AUGACGAUCUACGACGACGUCGCCCCGCGCGAGGCGACGACGUUGACGUCCGAGCGCAAGGCGGCGUUCGUCACCGAGCUGUUCGAUCGCGUCGCGCGUCGGUACGACGUCGUCAACGCGAUGAUCGCGUGCGGAUUCGUGGCGCGAUGGCGACGGCGGGCGCUGCGAUGUGGGCUCGAUGUGUUCAACGCGCUCGAUCGCGCGCGCACGAUCGAGCGUGGGGACGUCGUGUUGGACGUCGGGUGCGGGACGGGUGCGGUGACGGCGACGGUGAUGUACGGCGAGCUGAGCUUUCUGGGGGCGGAGGUCACUGGGUUCGAUUGCUCGCCGGGGAUGUUGCGAGAGGCUCGGCGGGCGAUGCCGAACGCGAGGUGGGAUUUGGGGAACGCGGCGAAGAUGACGGCGUACGAGGACGCGUCGUUCGAUUGUGUGUUCACGGCGUACACGCUUCGGAAUUUCAGCGAUUUUGACGCGACGAUGGAGGAGAUGUAUCGGGUGUGUAAGCCGGGCGGCCGGGUGGUUAUCCUGGACGCGUUCCCGCCGAGCGGAGUCUUCGGGUUCGUGUUAAGGACGUGGCUGCGGUUCGCGCUGCCGAUUAUCGGGAAUUUGAUCACGGGAGAGCGCAAAGCGUACGAGUACUUGGGGUCUUCGAUCGAGAUGGCCAGAACGCCCGAGGAGGUGUCGGGCGCGUUAAGAAAUCUCGGCGCCGAGCGCGUGGAGGCUGCGAGAAUGUUUCCGUUCGGCGCGGCGGGUAUGAUCGUCGCCUUUAAACCGUCGUAG